CGAAAUGGUAACGAUACAAAGUAAGUACAAACUUAGUCUAAUAUCGAACGAGAUGGUUGUUCAAUUCCAUUCCCGUAAUGGGGACAAUGACGCUGGCCUCCUGGGCCCAUUAUUGAGACCUAUAUAAAGCUCCGUGGACACUCAGACACGAGUGAGAUGAACUUUCCCUUAACUUCUACAUCGGACUUGCAGCGACCGUCAAAUAUGGGUGUGCCUGAGCCAGCACCCAGUGACACGACGAUGGCUAAUACGCCAGGGCCGGCGACCGACACGGCAGAACGGACAGCUCGGACGCCAGAUGCAACACCUGACAGGCUCGAGGCUCCCAAGACAACAACCGAUCUUCUGAAGGAAACGUUAACCGAAAAGCUGGAGAUGAAAGACAGCGUGCAAAAUCCGGUAGAUCGCGAAAAUCUGGAGGCAAUCCUCAGAUUUCUUACGCCAGAGCCAGACGUCAACAAGCCAGUCGACAGGCCAGAACCGGAGCGGGAAAUAAUGAACUCCAAAGUUCUCAACGCUAUGCUAUCGGUCUUCCAGGAAGAGUUGGAAUUGCAGAUGCCAGAUCCGCUAUCAGCAGCGAGCACACAAGAAGAAGCCAUCGCUAAACAGCUGAUUUCCACCGCGAACAAGCUGGCAAUUUGCUGGAUGAGAGUUCCCAACCGAACAUGCGAUGCAUCCCCAACGUUCAUAAGAACCUGUGAUCAAGAACCGGAAGAACUCGAAGCCCUUCAACAGAACUCAUUCGAGCACUGCUUCCCGCGAGGGCCAGAACAGCGAAUUCUCACUCCUGAUCUUGGGGCCAUUACUCAAAACAUGAUUUCCUUUACGACAGAUCGGUUCAUUCGAGCAGACCCUGGUCACCGCCCUUCCGUUAAAUUCGAACAAGUCUAUACUCUACGCCUUCUUGAGCCUUGCUUGAGACACGAAAUGACGGACUUGGCAAUCGACUUUAUGGCACUCGGGGAAAAAUGCGAAACAAACUUCUCAUGGCGAUCUGAAUGCAAGAAGUCAAUGAUAACGAUCAGCAAAAAAGACGGAACAUGGAUAAUGAUAGAGCACAGGGGGAAAUCUGGCUACUAUUUCGCGUUUCUUCAUCGUGAAAGCGCUGAUGAAGGAUGGACGACAAACUGGGCGCAGGAUAUUUCUUUGAAAAUUUGAGCACGUCUUUUCUUAGUCUAUAGGAAGCUAUUUCUGUCUUUGGUUAAUUUUGUCACUGGAUUGGAUUGGGUUGAGGUCUCAA